AUGGCUGCUUCAAGAGCCUAUGCAGAUGGACUGAAACUUGCAGUAACUGUGGCUUUAGUAACUGUGGCUUUCGUUUCUUGUCUAACGUUUCUACCACCAAAAUCAGCAGCUCAAGGCUUGGUACUUUCAAGCAACGGGGAGAAUUUGCAGCAGCAAAGGAAGCAUAUGGUGUUGGGUUCAAAGCCUCCAGGUUGUGUAAACAAGUGCUUCAGUUGCAAGCCUUGCAUGGCUACUCUAGUAGUUCCUUCUCACCAAAAGGAUCCCACUUUUAAGGCAUUAUCUCAUGGAGAUGAUGAUGAUAGCGGUCGUUACUAUCUUCUCUCAUGGAAAUGCAGAUGUGGAAAUAAGCUCUUUCAACCAUGA